AUGGCUGCUACAGCUUCGGUUGAAACUGCCGUCACGGUUUCUAUUGCUGCUGCUGCGGCCAGCGAGCAGAUUCCUCCUCCUCUUCCUGCCCCUGAGCCUGUGAAAGCCACUCCUGCUCUUCUCUCUGCAACUGCAUCAAGGGGUAUCCCUGUCACGCAUGCUGUGCCAGCUGUGGCACCACCUUCCAUGAUACUUGUCACUCCUCCCAUGGCUGCUCAGGCGGUUGCUUCGGCGGUUGCUUCGGGGGUUGCUCCGGUGGUUGCUCCGGUGGUUGCUCCGGUGGUUGCUUCGGGGGUUGCUCCGGUGGUUGCUCCGGUGGUUGCUUCGGGGGUUGCUCCGGUGGUUGCUCCGGUGGUUGCUUCGGGGGUUGCUCCGGUGGUUGCUCCGGUGUUCGGGCAGGUGGGUCAGCCCAUGCAAGCAGGCAUUGGCCAGACAAAUUUCGGGCAGGUUGGAGGAGCGGGGCAGGUGGGAUUGGGACAGGCAGGAAUGGGGCAGGUAGGAUUGGGGCAGGCAGGAAUGGGGUUCCCUAUGGCACAGUAUAGCCAAGGGGCAUAUGAUGUGAACGCAAGCAUUCAAGCACACAUGGGGAAUCAGCAGCAGCAGCAGCAGCAGCAGCAACCACUGCAGGAGAAGAAAGAGGAGGGGCACAGGGGGGUAGGUGAUGGAGACACCACGUUGAUCUCUGGCAAUACCAGCUUGGCUUCAACCUCUGUGCCGCACUCAAGCGCCCACUCUCUCUCCUCUCGCCCUCUGCUGCACACACACGCCCAGCAUGCCCCACCUCCCCUGCAGCCGGCACCUUUCCAUGGGCCUGUGCUUGGGGUGCCAGGGCAGCAGCAGAGUGGGGUGUUGGUGCAAGGGAGCAUGGCAGGAGCAGCAGCACUGACACAGACAAUGGCACAGGCAACAGGAGUGGGGAUGGUAGGAGCAGGUGGUGUGCCUGUUUCUCUUCCCAAUGUCUACCUUUCACAGCUUGGGGCUGUGCCUGUAGGAAUGGCAGGAGGUAUGGCAGCCUCACAGAGAUAUGGGAAUAGGUUUGGAGGAGGCUCGGACCCAGGCAUGGGCUACUACCAAGGCAGGCCUGCUGGCCCGGGUGGGAACAAGAGGCGGCCUCGCCAGCCGCCGAGGCUCACCCGAACCGCUGCCGGAGGUUUGGGAGGAGAUGGUUUGGGUGGUAACCAGCAGGGUAGUGUGGCAUCUGUCAACCAGACAAGUCUUAAUGGACAGGGGGGUUUGAUCCCACACCAGCAUGGCUACUCCGGAGGUGCGACUGGUGCAGUGCAGGAGUCUAGACCUCUUGCAAUCACAUCAGCUUGGAGGGUACCUCAAGAAGGUGCGAAGAGCCACGUGCGUCGCGACCUGCUGCUGCAGAUCCAGGCGGCCGUGCAGAAGCAGUGGGAGGAGGAGAAGGUUUUCGAGGCCGCGGCUAAGGAGGGCGCAGCUGCGGGGUCGGGCCCGCGGGAUGACCGCUUCUUUGGCAACUUCCCCUAUCCCUACAUGAACGGCCUGCUGCAUCUGGGCCAUGCUUUCACUCUCUCCAAGGUGGAGUUUGCAUCGGCGUAUCACCGGCUGAGGGGAGCCAACGUGCUGUUCCCCUUCGGAUUCCACUGCACCGGCAUGCCCAUUAAGGCGUGUGCGGACAAGCUUGCACGGGAGAUGGACACAUACGGCUACCCGCCCCAGUUCCCCAGCGAGGAAGAAACGACGGCUCUGGAGGCGCUCUCCAUUGCGGAGGGCAGCGCUGCUGCAGAGGGGGGGGAUGCGGCGGUUGCGGACGGGGCUAAGGGGGAGGAGCAGAAGGCUCCUGGGCAGUUCAAGGGGAAGAAGUCCAAGGCAGCUGCCAAGACAGGAACGGCCAAGUACCAGUGGGAGAUCAUGCGUUCCAUGGGUAUGUCAGAUGAGGAGAUCAAGCCCUUCAGAGACCCUGCCCACUGGCUCACCUACUUCCCGCCCAUCGCCGUGGACGACCUCAAGGCGUUUGGGCUGGGAGUGGACUGGCGGCGUUCCUUCAUCACCACGGACAUGAACCCGUACUAUGACUCGUUCGCCCGCUGGCACCUGCAGACCCUUUACAACAAGGGCAAGGUGGUGAAGGACCGCCGCUACACCAUCUUCUCGCCGCUGGACGGGCAGCCGUGUGCUGACCACGACAGGGCGUCAGGGGAGGGCGUGCUACCCCAGGAGUACACGCUCAUCAAGAUGCAAGUCGUGCCGCCUCUCACAGGCAAGCUCGAGGCUCUUGCGGGCAGGAAUGUUUUUCUCGCCGCUGCCACGCUGCGCCCGGAGACCAUGUACGGGCAGACAAACGCGUGGGUGCUGCCCGACGGGCAGUAUGGCGCGUUUGAAGUGAACGAAGCAGGAGACGUGUUUGUGGUAACCAAGCGAUCGGCUCUGAACCUCUCCUACCAGUUCCACUCCAAGGAGUUUGGCAAGCCGCACUGCCUGCUGGAGCUGACGGGGCACGACCUGAUUGGGCUGCCUCUCAAGGCGCCUCUCACGCCCAACCCUGUGAUCUAUGCCCUGCCCAUGCUCACCAUUCUCACGGACAAAGGCACUGGGGUAGUGACGAGUGUUCCCAGCGAUGCACCGGACGACUACAUGGCACUGCAGGACCUCAAGAGCAAGCCAGCCCUUCGAGCCAAGUUCAACGUGAAGGACGAGUGGGUGCUACCCUUCGAGGUCAUCCCCAUUAUAAACAUCCCCGAGUUUGGCGACGCAGCGGCAGUCAAAGUGUGCCAGGACCUCAAGAUUCAGAGCCAAAACGACAAGGAGAAGCUUGCUGAGGCUAAGAGACUUACUUACCUCAAGGGUUUCACGGAUGGAGUGAUGCUGGUGGGCGAGCUCAAGGGGACCAAGGUGCAGGACGCCAAGCCGCAGAUCAAGAAGCUGUUAAUUGAAAGAGGAGAGGCAGUACCCUACAGCGAACCUGAAAAGAGAGUAACAUCGCGGUCAGGGGAUGAGUGUGUGGUGGCGCUGACGGACCAGUGGUACCUCACGUACGGGGAGGAGCAGUGGCGCGCACUGGCAGAGGAGUGUCUGGCGGGCAUGCAGCUUUACAACGAGGAGACGCGGCACGGGUUCCAGCACACGCUGGGAUGGCUUGACAGGUGGGCGUGCUCGCGUUCGUUCGGCCUGGGCUCGCACAUCCCAUGGGACCCGCAGUUCCUCAUCGAGUCGCUGUCUGACAGCACCAUCUACAUGGCCUACUACACGGUGGCUCAUAUUCUCCAGGAGGGCGACAUCUUCGGCACGUCAGGCAAGCAGAGCAUCAAGCCCGAGCACCUCUCCCACGCCCUCUGGGACCAUCUGCUGCUGGGCGCGCCUAAGCCCGCCGACUGCCCUGUCCCUGACGACCUGCUGCAGCGUGCACGGGCGGAGUUUGAGUACUGGUACCCGUUCGACCUGCGCGUGUCGGGGAAGGAUCUGAUCAACAAUCACCUCACCUUUGCCAUCUACAAUCACACCGCCAUGUUCCCCAAGGAACAAUGGCCGAGGGGCUUCCGCACCAACGGACAUCUGCUGCUCAACUCGGAGAAGAUGUCCAAAUCGACGGGCAACUUCAAGACCAUCCGCCAGGCCAUUGAGGAGUUCUCAUCGGAUGCCACUCGCUUUGCCCUGGCUGAUGCGGGAGACACGGUGGACGAUGCCAACUUUGUCGAGGAGACUGCCAACGCUGCCAUUCUCAGGCUCACCAAGGAGAUGACGUGGAUGGAGGAGGUGCUGGCGUCAGCAGCCACAGAGGGGGGUCUGCGCACCGGGGACGAGCGGUCGUUUGCAGACCGCGUGUUUGAGAACGAGAUCAACCUGGCGGUGGCUCUUUCCAAAGCAGCAUACGACAACAUGCUGUUCCGCGAGGCCCUCAAGACAGGGUUCUUUGACCUGCAG